AUGAUGUCUUUCUGGCUGUUGAUCAUCUCCUGGGCUGUUCAUCCAAGCGUGCCAGCUCUGGGCUUCAGGAUCCCAUGGAUAACUUCCAAAUAUUCCAAUUUUUGUAAUCUUUUUGUCCUUAGGACUCUCUCUACCAGUGAUGAUGUUGAGGACCGAGAGACUGAGAAAGGCCGCCUGGAAGAAGCUUACGAGAAGUGUGACCGGGAUUUGGAUGAGCUCAUUGUCCAGCACUACACAGAACUCACCACUGCUAUCCGCACCUAUCAGAGCAUCACAGAGCGCAUCACCAAUUCACGCAACAAGAUCAAGCAGGUGAAGGAGAAUCUGCUGUCAUGCAAGAUGCUGCUGCAUUGCAAGCGGGAUGAGUUACGCAAGUUGUGGAUUGAAGGGAUCGAGCACAAACAUGUCCUGAAUUUGCUGGAUGAGAUAGAGAACAUCAAGCAGGUGCCCCAGAAGUUGGAACAGUGCAUGGCCAGCAAGCACUACCUCAAUGCAACAGAUAUGCUGCAAUUACCUCAAAACCAAUUCACUUUGAUGUGGAAGAACUAUCCUAUUUCUCUCCGAUUUCAUCUCCCAGCAUGCACUCACAAAUUUGGUCAACUAUUUGGAGGGAGACUCUUUUUUUCACCACUCAGGAUUCUUGCUGUACACCUAAAUCCUGAAUUGGUUGGUGGAGAAGCUACAAAUAAGUCGUUGGUCAUGGUUAAUAGGAUCCUACGUUCGUUCAUGUUAUGCUACUUCAGUUAA